GGAGACGCCUGAUUUCAUGCGGGAUGGAGAAUAUUUAUGAUGAGUCUCGUCUGUUUGUUUUUAUGAGUAGUAAUCGCCGCAGCACUUGCUUGCGGAGGGAAGGGCUUGGCCUCGUAGCCCACUGACUUGUGGGGGCAAAAACGCGGAAGGACGUUCGUGGCGACAGUAUCCUGGGCGGGCCGCCGUGCCCGCUAUCGCGGUCGGCUUUUGCAGCUGUGACAUUCGCGGCGAUUAGUGGGGAGAAAGCACAGCCGCCACCGGGGUGCCCCGGCUUGCUUAAUUGCUAUGGCGCAGGGUAUUCCCUGCGCAAUAGACAUACUGCAGCCACACCGUUGGCCACUUAGGACGUGCCCGAUGCCGCCGCUUACGUAUAGCGCAUGUAAUUGGGAGCCGCCCCCCCCAAUUUAUUAGCAGGGGGGCGCCUGCUUUCUUACGCCCAUGCCUGCGGUAACUAUGUCCACUUGCUUUUAAGUGUGCUGGCCCGUCGGCUGUGGUAUUAGCUACCCAACGAGGCCGCAACCGCGAGCGCGGCAGAUCGAUUGCAGGGGAGCAGGGUGGCGCGCUGGGCUUACGCUUGCCCGAGCGCGUUGCUGCGUAGCCCUUUAGAGUCUGCUACGGCUCUCUUUUGGUAUGUUGACGGGAGACACGCCGCGGCACAUCUGCGAGCUGGCUAGAGCUCCGCGCUGUCUUGUUUUGCUAGCACAAGACGCAAAGCCAGUGACGCCGCGAGCUAGGGCCUUGCCAUCAGUUGGCCCAGCGCGGGUGCCGCCGGGGACGGCCUGCGCCUGAGGAAGCAGCCACGAAAGCAGUCAGCUGGGGGCACCCGCGUACUGGGAAAAGCAGGACGACGCGGACGAGCACAACGAACCGCCAGCGCACGCAUGAGCGUGCGCAGCCUCCCCGCCAGACGGUCAUCCCGCAUGCCCGGGGCUUGUUUUCUCUUUCUUGUUUGUCAGCGUCGGCUUUGUUUGGUGUCUGUUGGUAUUAAGUUGUGGCUGCCUCUCUCACCGCAGCAGGAAAAAGGCGCCCCCUCGUCAAACUUAUCAACUUCGCACGAGGUGGCCGGUCAUGGUUUGCGUUUGUUUUCUUAUGGGGAUGCGUGUCGGGUGUGAAACUCGUGGGGGCUGCAGCGGGCCGCUUCAUUCACGGCCGAAGGUGUUCGCUGCUUGUGAUGCUCGGAAUUUGUCGCGCCUUUAUGCGGGCAAAAGGACCAAAGAAAAGAGCGCCGGCGGGCAUGCAAAAAACGCAGGCGGCAGCCUUGGGCACCAGUCUCAACGCGUUGGGCAGAUUGAGACUCACCGCGGUGGCCUUUUAACUUGCAGGCGGGGGCCUGGGUGUGGCGUCUUCAGCUGUUCGCAAAUGUAGCUGAUUCGUGAGGUAGUAAAUUACUACCAAGAAGACGCCCUCUGCGGAUCGAUCGCUCUGAGGGCCCUCGCGCUUCCCUUAGAUGACCGCGCGCGACAGCCGUCGGCGUGGGUGAAUGUCUGGGAUCUUUGUCGGAUGGCAUCGUUGGACGUUUGUGCAACCUUACGGAGAACCGCGGCCCUUUGCGUUGGCCUGCGAAGCUGGCAGGCGCCGAGCAAGUCUAGAGGUCGCGGAGCUAUCGGAGCUUGAACAGCAAGAGGCGGGGAACUUGCUGGCGCUGAUUCUGAAGGGCGCCGCGCUCCCAGUCGCGUGGUACCCGCAGGGGCCGCGCUUUGUUCGUGCCGGAGCAACUCCCCUGCUCCGCGCAACAGCAGAGGGCCGAGACUAGUAAGGAACUUGCGCCAAGCAUGGGGCACACCUGCCAGGCGGCUGAUCCCUCCGCGAAGUUGGCGCGUCGCCGCCUUUGUGGACAUGCCACCCAAAAGACACAGCACCACGCGCGUCGCUUUGAAAAGCCUCGCGGAUUAAGACAGACACAACCGAGCGAGCACGCUGCCGGAGUUCAUGCUGAUGAGAUCGGGAGCCGGUCAGGGUGUCCAGAUUCUUUUGUUAGGUGAAGCAAAUGCCUCCCAGUUUGCGCAUGAAAAUGGCAGCCAGCGAAAUUGGAGGAGUGUCGCAUGCUCCAGGCGUUUGAGAUUCUUCAUGCAGGUCGUCACCUAUACUGGCCGAGCAGUGGCAAGCCGGCAGUCGGAAAAGCGAGCGGAUGGAAUCCCCGAGAGUUUUUCGCAGCUGAAGCCCUCCCCUCUUAGGGGUCUGCAACUUGUCCACAGCUUUGGCCGCUUCGCUAUCUGGGGCAACCGUCUGCAUGGAGUCCACGGGAGACCGGAGGCAGCAGUAGUAAUCUCCGUCGGCGUCGCCUUGAGAACCCAAGAAUUGAGCGGGAUGCGUCCACUCUCCUUAGCUCGAAUACCAGCACCAAGGCGCCUACCUGGAAGCUGCCCACGUACUCACAGCACGACGUGCCUGCUUGGGAGUUAUGUGAAGCAAGCCGCAGCUAUUUUGUAGAGUGAGGGGCCAAAAAUGCGGCGGACACGGGGCCACGGAGGUCGGAGCGGCUGAAGAGUGGAAAGCGAUGCGGAGGCGUGAGGUGUGUGUGUGUGUGUGUGUGUGCUUGCUUUCUUCUUUGCUGUCAUUCGGUGCGUGGUUAUAUAUGGCACCCCCCCGGGCCCACCUGCAAAACGCUGGCCACCCGCGAACAAACCCCCAGCGAACAGCCACAGGGAGGGCGCGGCGCGCUCUGUGGAUUGCUCGUGGAGCUGUCUCCUGUCUUUCUUCUUUCAUCCUCGGCGUGGCAGGCUAGUGGCUUCCGUGGCAGCUCUCUCAUAUAGAGAGCACCCACGACAGUGACGUAUAUUUUGACUGUCAAGAGAAGUAAGAGAGUUAGUGUGGCCGCAUCUCUAAUCCCCUUGCCAGUUGGCGCGCUGUUGGAGCAGGGAGCAACCUUCUCCGCAAGCGGAGAGAAAACACAGCUCGGCGCCGUUCCGUUACUCUUAGGACUGGAGGAGGAAGACGAGAGACCGGAAGAAUCUGUUGGACGAGACGCGACUGAAAAGGAAAACUAUGGAUGCGGUGUCUACUCAGCAGGCCUAAGUGCUUAAGUACUUAGCUUUAGACUCAGCAGAUGCCCCCCUUGUAAAUGUCCAUGCAAGCAUUGAGUUCCUUUCUCCUUUUGGGCUGUUUAUCUUUAGAGCAGUUGCUUGAAUUAAAAAGUUUCAUGUUUUUUAGUCCAGCCCCUAGGGAGAAGUACGUAGGAAGCUGAUAUAUUAUAGAUGACUGAGACUCGACUUUACAGUCUAAAAAUGUGCAUUAUUCGUGGCUUGUUUCGAAGUCAAAAUGCGCGCUCUAAAAAUACCGCAAUGAAGCUAUCAGCGGGACCAAUACGAUUUUGGAACUGGUGGAAGUGGAGAGGACACUCGGGUCCCCCUUUGCAUUUGUUAGAAAGACCGACACACAGGUAAGCACUACUGCCAGUUCGAAGUCUCUCAAGGACCUCAAGGACGAUUUCGAGCUGAUUGUUGUGGAGCCCGCGGCUCUCUCUUGGCAACAAGAGAAAACUACGCUUGAAUAU